CUUUGAGUAACGCUUCAAACUUUAAGUUUAGCUCUUCCAAGUAGCAGAAGCGAACAAUAGAGAUGGCGAUUCAUAAACCAAAGCAGGGAUUUCUGAUAUUACUUUCAGCUUUGCUCUUUGUUUGCAACCUACCUGCAUGGAUGAUUCACGCGCAGGUCUCGAUCCCUGCCAAGUUUGAUGGGUUCGUGUACAAGAACAGCCUAACUCAUGCGGACACGAUAAUGAUCGAAACGUUCUUCGACCCUGUCUGCCCAGAUAGUAGGGACGCUUGGCCUCCGCUGAAACGGGUUCUCGAUUACUAUGGCACUCGAAUUUCACAUAUCGUUCACCCCUUCGCGUUACCUUACCAUGAUAAUGCUUUUGUUACUAGCCGUGCUCUUCACAUUGUAAAUAAGCUGAAUGCCUCUGCCACAUACGACUUGUUGGAGGAGUUCUUCAAGGAUCAGGAGAUGUUUUACAAUCAGCAAACCAAACAAAUGUCUAGAGCUUCUGUUGUGGAUCAGAUUGUAAGGUUCGUAACUAAAAUUGUAGGGGACGACUCAUUAUCUGCAGUUGCAUCUGGCUUCAAUGACAGGAGUACUGAUCUUGCAACUAGGGUUUCCUUCAAGUAUGGAUGUUCGAGAGGGGUGGCAGGGACACCUUCGUUCUUUGUGAAUGGAUUUCUACUGCCCAAUGCUGACUCAGCUCUGGACUAUAAUAAGUGGAGAAGCAUCAUUGAUCCACUGAUCAGUGCGCAGCGCCUGUCGAGGAAUGAAACUCCACAUUUCUUCUUAUGAAGAUGACCUUAUGCAUGCUAGGCAUCUCUACUUGAUUAGAUUUUAUCUACAAUAAGAUAACAGGAAAAGGCAUUACAUCUAAAUCCACUUGGAAUUGUGGGC